AUGUCCUCUCUCUAUACCUCUUUGAACGUGUCUCCGAAAAAGAAACGCGCCCUCUCCUCCGACGAUGAAAGCACAACAACUCCAAAGAAGCUGCGGACGGCUCCUCUGACACCCAAAUCUAUUACGCGCUCUAAAACCCAGAAGUGCAAACCGGAGCUUCCAACUCAUCUAUCACGCCUCCUGAGAAUCCAAAAUGCUGUCCAACAAGCCCUUGCUCACGCCCUUGCCACCUGUGCAAUCUCGCCUUCGAGCGAUUCAGGCCGGGUCCUGAAUGUUCUAAAUCACAUCUCGCUAAAAACCUAUGCUGGGCUUACAACGUCAUUCCAGCUUGAUGACUUGAAGCGACUCUGUUGGUUGUGGGAGUGGGAUGGAGAACCUCUGAACAAGUCCGACCAACUCCCCGUGGCCAAACCAGAAGAAGACAACCCUUUCUUGGAAGCACCACCACCAAGUGUGGACUGGACGCGGGGCUCUCAGGGAUUUGUUCUGAGUCUGGGUUCCCACUAUUCGAAAGUGGAUAGGAAGCGCAUUCCGGCCUAUGGUCUUGGGAUAGAGGUCGAAAUUGACCUCGACAAGGAUAUGGGGGGUGGGAUGGCUGCGGUGGCACGAUGGACUGCGGCCGGUGAGACUCGUCGUGCCGAGUUCCUGAAGAAAUUAGAGCGCUGGGUCGAGAUCCAUUCAGAAGACGCGUCGACACCUCCUAUUCCACUUGCAGAUCUUCCAGCAUUGCCAGCGACCACCAAGCCUUCUGCUUUGACAAGAACACUAGCCUCACAAUCUCCAAAGAGUGGGGCAGCCGCUCAGAAGUUUCCCAUCAUUCCAUCCUCACCAUCUAGAUCUCCUACCAAGAAACCCACAAAGGACUUCGCCAACGCCGUGCCCUUCCCAAUGCUAACAUCGAGAUCGUCCUCGCCCACGAAAGUGGGAAGAUUGCUCUUCCCACAGACACCUUCACGCCGCUUGCACUUGGCGAGUUCUACUGACAAUCCAAAUCCGCAAACACCCUCGAGUUCCGUUGCUUCUCCAGCUCCCUCGUCUUCAGUUCCAUCCACCCCGGUCCAUCGCUCGGAAGGAGAAAGUACCUCUAUUCCUCAAACGCCAACAUCCUCUCGGCGUCAAGCUCUAUAUGAGCGCGUUCGAUUGCGUUCACUUUCCAAGUCUCCAACGAAAACUCCUACAUUGGACAGAUAUGAAGGUUCUGGGACGCCGAACGCCAUGAUGAAAUUAACUCAGGAAGCGCUACGUCGGCGUUGUAUUCUUGCCCGUCUCACAGAAGUGGCCGAAAGUGUAUGGAUGUUUUUCUCCAGUUCUGCUCCAAGUGGAAGCAUGACACCAUCAAGUCGGAAGAGGAGAAUGAUGCCUAUGUCAGAGGUUGCAGCGGCUAUCAUAAAGUCUUCUGCUGUUCCCAUCUCUGUUGCGGAGGCCAAUGAAUCCCUGAACAUGCUUGUUCAACUGUGCCCGUUCUUCCUGAAGAAAGUUGUUAUCACCGGAAAGGAUUGGUUGGAGAUGCCUUCAACGUCCUCUAAUGGUAGCACCCGAACGAUAGGUCUGGGAAGUCCCAGUAAACGAGAUGCGAUCCAUGCCUCCCCCAGCAAGAGAUCCACCAUGGAUAGCGCACAGGAACUGUUGACCAGAAGUCCAAGGUCUGUGAAGAGGGAAGCUGGCGGGCUGCGAGAAGUUCGAGAAAUUAUUCGGAAAGAGCUGGAACUCGACGAAUAG